AUGGCUACUCCUUCAAAACGACUAAAGAUUAAUACCAUUCCUCAAGAAAAAGUAACAGAAAUAGCCAGAAACGCUUCGAAAAUCACAAUACCAUGGGAAUCGAUAGCUCCCCCAUUUUUUGUCCAAUGGCUAGAGAUGUUUUCGCGCUCCCACAGCGUUGUGAAGGAACUUAUGUUUAUGUCAGUCCUGCCAGCAGUGUCAAGUCUUCUUGGCUCAAAAUCCUAUCUUCGCCCAUCAGAAGCAAAUCCAUACAAAGAGAAUCUUUGCUUCUUUAGUUUAUGCAUAUCACCUCCAAAUGCUGGAAAAAGUCAGGCAUUUAAACAUGGCUGUAAAAUUCCAAUCCAGUAUGUUGAGAAGGCGAAUCAAACAUGUAUUCUACUCGACAAGUUUACCGAUGCCGGGAUGAGACAACAUCUACUAUCCAAUAAUGGACUUGCAGCGAUAAUAAAGGACGAAUGCUACGAUACACUCAAACAAAUAAUUACCGAAAAACAAAUGGGGACGCUUUGCAG